GAACAACGUAACAAUCAAUAAACAAAAUUAAAGCAUAGAGAAUAAACAGCCAAAAUCUACAAGUUCAUAAACAAAAUAAAAUUUAUAUUUACAUUAUUAUAUUAAUUCUUGAGAGAUUGUUGUAAAGAUGUGAAACAAGAAGGAAAAGAAAACAAAAAGUCUUGCGACUCAUCCACGAGAUGAGCUUCGAGGAGCCGUUUCAUCCUGCAGUUUCGAAGGAAGCGAGAUCGAAGGCGAGAGUACAGGAUGAAUUUUCGGCGAUUGAGUUGGCGAUUGGAAAAUGCCGAGACACGCCGAAGAAGAAUUUCUUCGUUCGGCGAAAGUCGCGGAUCGAUUGGACGCAUGAGCAUUUUAGGUGGCGUCGCGACGCCGCCAAGCGUCGUCGUCGUCUCGCCUACGCAUCCCCCUGCCGGUAUAAUUCAUGACAAGCUCCUCUCUUUCUCUCACGAUUCUUUCUUUUUCUUUUUUUUCUUUUUUUUUAAUCAUGGGGUAGGAUUGCAGAGAGGAGCGAGGGAAAGAGCAUAGCGAAAGGAAAGGAAGAAACCGGGAAUAGAAGGGAGUGUGAAUUCAAGCGAUAAGGGGAUGAAAGGGCGAAGAGCGAAACUCGAGAAGGGAGAGAGGAGAGAUAGCGGGGAUAAUUGGAGUGAAAGAGACGGCGAUAAUAAUAAAGGGACCGACGCGAGGUAGAAUAGAUAAAGGGCGGGAAACGAGAAAGGGGGGAGAGAGAGAGAGAGAGAGAGAGCGAGAGAGAUAUUAAUAAGCAGUGAUGUAAACUUACGAAGGGCCGUCUGUGCAUGGAGACGCCUCUCUUGCAUUUUAAAUGUUAUAGAUUUGACAACUGCACGCACGCAAAAAACAAAGCGAAUCGUGAAUUAAAAAUAAGAAUUGAAAAAUAAGAAUAAAAUUAAGCCUUGACAAGAACGGCUGGAACUUUGGAGAGGUUCUCCCGUCUCUUGAUUUUUUCCCUUCAGGGGCAAGAAUGAUUUUUAAAGUCAAACAAAAAGUGAUUUCAUCUUUUGCUUAUUCAAUUUAAAUUCAAGCAAAUAAAUCAAAAGGGAGUAAAGAAGUGACGAGUACCGUCUUGUUUUACCGUCAAACAUCUAACUUAGCUCUUCUGAAAAAUUAAAAUCGCACAUUUCCAGGAUACAAUUUCACAUUAAUUCAUUAUAUACGAGAAAGCUAUCCUCGACCAGAAACGAAUCAUCGUCGUGCCCGUCAUGGUAAAGUUGUACCCUUGGCAGUGGUGAGUUUCACCGACGCCGGCGCCAGGGCGCUUUUCCUCGCGCCAUCUCUCCUCCCCUCCCCCCCUCCGUACAUCACGCGUGCGUGGUGCGAGCGUAAUAACGAUCUCCCGCGUACAUACAUACGUGCGAGGGAGAGAAGGCGCGAAAGAGAGUGAAAGAGACGAGGGGCGAGAGGGAGAGAGAGAGAGAGAAAGGCGAGCGCGUCUCGCUCGCCGAGGGGUGCCGCGGGCGAGGAACAACAGAUGUCCUUCCGCAUGACGCACGCAGGGUGGUCGUCGUCCCUCGGCGCGGAGUGGUAGUCUCGCGUCCGGUGGUGUCUGCGCGCGUACACGUCGCGCGAAGCGGAGCAGCGGAGCGGAGGCGGCUGCGGCGUCCUCGCCAGGGAUCCUCGAGCCAAGGGGGCGAAGGACCUCGUUCGCAACCAACCACUCGGGGGGGUGAAGCUCAGCCGGCCGCCGUCCGCGUGAAAUGUACGCGUGAAAUGCCGCUGGACGCGCGCCGCGCGGCUUCCAUCACCCGAGGGCGAGGGCCAUUCUCCGGUUAGUCCCGCGCGAUGACGUGCGAGGUGUCGUCGAAGGGUACGACGCGCAGGGCGUUCCGCGACCAGGACCCACCGCGAAUAUGCAACAAGAGCGCGGAGAACCUGCUGCGGGACGAGCUCGAGUUCUCGCGGUCGACCCCGAGCUCGCCGACGACCCUCCAGCGCGCCGCCAGCCUCGAGAAGUGCUUCAGCGAGCCCGAGUUCUUCCAGAAGCAGCGCGAGCUGAUCUCCAAGCACGAGCAGCGUACGAGGGUGAAGGAGGGUAGCGGCGACGGCGAGGAGAGCGUCACCACCACCCCGAGUCCCGCGCCAGACGACGCCGACGGGGACGCCGCGAGCACCGAGGACCUCUCGCCGAGGAAACUCUCCGCCAAAGUGCCUUCCCCUUGCGAGCACGCGAGCGAGGUGAUUACUAACGGUCUCAAGUGCGACUCGGACGACGUCGACGGUUUGACAAACGGAAAAAAAAUGGCACCGGUUCUGGGCGUACCGCCUCCGCCACCGCCGGCUCCUCACAUGGGACCAGACGGCCUGAUCUUGCCGAGGAAACCAUAUAACCCUUGCCUUACCUCCACUAAUCAUAAGGAUCUUCGCAGAGAAUUACUUUUCAAUCAGAAAAUCGGCAAGAACGUCUUGAACCAGAAGAGCGAGCUGCAACGUGCCCUGGAGAAACAGAGGGAAGCCGCGUCGAGGAGGGAGGCUGAGAGGAUCCGUGAGGAAAGUUAUAAGGACGAUCCCAGGACUGCCUUGCAAAGGGCGAUCGAACAAAGAGCGAAACACAUUCAACUGACGCAGGAGCAAUCGCGGUCGAUGGAGCCGCCGAGCAACCUCCUGAUAACAGCGAGAGCAAAGCUGAGGCCCCGCACCGAGUCCCAGUGAGGCCCGGUGAAGAUCGAAAAAUGUUGCGUCGGGGAUGAAGAGAAUCCGCUCGACGAGGCGGCUCGUAAUUUCAUCCCUCGGCGCUUUGUCGAUCGCAAUCAGUGUGUGUACAUAUGCAUAACCCGAUAACAUUUUCUCGACACGAGAAUUAUUAGCGGCGUCAUUUGGCGCGCAACGAGAGGCGCGUGUUGCAACGGGCGUUAUAAAAGUCUUAAUAGGCGUCGAGAUAACGCGACGAGACGUAACGAGCGCAGGGAACGAGGAUCGCUGAGAGGAUCUGUCUCGAUAAUUCUUAGCGCGCCACGUCGUCGCGCCAGUAUAAAUUCAUUCCUAAACAACGCGGAGGACCAAACGACGUCGCGUCGUAUCACGAUCAGGACGCUAUCUUUACGACGUGUCAGGGUUUAGGCACCGUUUAAAAUUAUGAGUGUCGUUUGCGCGUUGCCCUGAAUCAAGCGGCACACAAAUAAUUCUCGCAUUGCAUAUCGGGUGUCUCGAUGUACAAUACAAUCAGCAACCAACCACGUGUCUUCGUCUUUAAUAGUAGAUGAGCGUAGAGCCGAAGUUAGAGCUUGACGACCAAUUAGUUUGUCGGUGCGACAACGUCAUUAUAAACGAUGAUCAUCGUAAAUGCAGUAAUCCAGUUAUAUAGUACGUGCGAACUCGGAUAUAAUAACCGGUGAAGUUUGUAUGCCGUUUGUGACUGCUCGUAUUGGAGACACUUGCGUGUCUUACGUGCCUGCGUUGGCGUCUAUGAUCAACCUAUUCUCGUUGAAACAAGCGGAAAAAAAAUGGCAAGUCAUCCUAGCAUUCAGAAGAAGGCGGCACAGCUGAGAAUCGUUAAAGAUAUAAACGAACCGAAAAUAUACGGAAUUCGUGGAUCCCGAUGAUUUGAAGCUUUAAAUUAAUCAUCUAUUCGGAUGAAGGAUUUUACAGAGGUAGUAUUUUUUCUUCUAAGAACAGAGAUUUCGUCGCGAGGAUAUCGGAUAGUAACAAUAGAACAGAUCGACAAUAGACAGUAGCGGUAGAUAUAACGGCAAGAUAUAAUGCGAAAGAAUUUAUUCGUGGACGACGUAUUGUCGGUCGCUCGAACGGUCGCUCUGCUCCGAGCCUUUGAUCUUAAGCAAAUACAUAACGCAUUCCCUUUAACUUCAGACAUUCACAAUUAUUCACAAAAACGAAUAUUCGCCAAGAAUCACUCUUGAAACGCGCAAUGAUCAUAAAAGCUUUAAAUCUGUUGUUUCGUUACAGGCAAAAUGCCGUUAUGUUUAAGAUUAAUCGUUCGAACAAGAGUUAUGAAUUGCGAAUGUUCGGACAUCCGCGACACGUAUCCGCGUCUCUGAACGAGCUCUCUUUGUGCCGAAGGCGUGUUGAUCCUUGCGCUCUCAAAAAUCACAACGGUGGUUUUCAUGAUCUUCGGCACAAUUUUGAGCACGUAAAAAAAAAAAAGUGUAUUUUGUAUAAGGCUUAGAUCGCCGACGGUGGCAUCAUUUUCGACAGGAAACCGAAAUAAAUAAAUCUAUUCAAGCUAAACGUAUAAAAAUGAUUUGCAAAAGUAAAGUGUAUAACAAAUCGUUAAAGUUUCCAAGUUGUCGCGGUGCUUCCAAUUAAGCCGCGAAUCAACGUAGCUAUGAAAUAGAUCAUCUGCAACUUAAUGACAUUAAAUUGCAUCGAUUGCGAUUGUAUGGAGGUGAUGCCACCUGAAAGUAAAAGUAGUUUCCGCUAGGAGACGAGAGACGAAUAAAAGUCGAAACUCCGCGGGACCAUGUGUUCUUAUACUUCGUUAUAUACGGCAGUGAGGGAGAGAAAGAAAUUCGACGUCUGCCUUGCAUAGUAACAAUUAUUAUUAAUCGUAUUUAAGUAUCGAAUCGACGUUAAUAUUAACUAUAUUUCUCGUGGUUCAUUAUGUUCGACGAAUCCGGCGAAGAGGUAUGCAGCGCAUCUUAGGUCGAAAAUAAUGUAAGCCGUUAAGUUUGUUACAACUUUAAUUUACCACACCCGAAUCCACACGAGGAUCUUAUAAUAUAUAUAACUCGCGCUUAAUUGCGUAAGGAAAUAUAUCCGUGUAUCCAAUCGAUAGAGGAGCCACAAAUAAGAGGAUAUUUUCGUUUUUUUUUUUUUGUACAGUUAUCACAUGUAUAUGCUAAGCUCUAGCGUUUCUUUUGUCGUUUUUAAUAUAACUUAAUCAUGAAUAUAUAUUCAGGUCCUUAAGAGAUCGCUGCAAUGAUAAAAUCUCGGAUUCCAAAUAUAUUUUAUUCAACACUAAA